AUCUCUGCUUCAUUGUACGGGCUGCUGCUGAUGCUGAGACCAUAGCGGACGGGGCGAUUUCCCCCCCCCACCCCAAAAAAAGUAGCAUGUCCUGGGCACGGUUUCAUGCAGAUUAAGACUCCACGCAUGAUGUGAAUCGAUUACGAGCCCUUUUUCUGAUAGGAUAAUGAGAAAGAGGAGGAACUGGAAACCUUCGGAGUGCCUUGGAAAGUUUCUGUGAAGUCUCAAUGAAUGCAUUAGAAGAGCCUCUCUAGUAUUUGACUCAAUGGCCAAGAAAGGGCGUACGAAGAGCGAGAAGCCUGAAGCGCUCAUCUCUGCCCUACAGGCAGCCAAUGAAGAACUCAGGUCCAAGCUGACUGACAUUCAGAUAGAGCUACACCAAGAAAAAUGCAAGGUGAGCAAACUGGAGCGCGACAAGCUUCAGGAGGUGAAGCGGGUGCGAGAGCAGGAGCAGCACCGUCACACUGCCAUGUUGACGGAACAGCGGGCCAAGUGGCACGAGGAAAAGCAAAAGGAGCUCCAGGCUCUAAGGGAGAACCUGACACGGCAGCAUGAGCAGGAGCUGGCCCGCCACGCCAAAAUCAAAGACCAGGAGAACCAGAGGCUCAAAGCGGCACUGAGCGCCAUGCGCGACGGCAGCGGAGAGAAGGUGCGCACGGCACUGACCCUGGAAGCCAAGGAGGAUGCACGUCGCUUCUUUGACCAGGAGAGAGUGAAGCUCCUGCAGGAGAUAGUGGAGCUGAAGUCUGCUAAGAAGCAGACUGACGAGGCUCUCAGCAACAUGAUCCAGUCCGACAAGAUGAAGGCUGGCGACCUGCGGGUGGAGCACCAGCAGCACCAGGAGCAGAUCUCCAAGAUCAAGUGGGACUGUGAGAAAGACAUCCGCAGACUGGUGGAUGAAAUCAAAUCUAAAGACCGGACCAUCUUUGGUCUGGAGAAGGAACUGGAGUCAACGGUGGGUUUCUUACAGAAGCUGCAGCUUCAGAAGGACGCCCUGGACGAACAACUGUUCCUCGUCAAGGAGGCAGAGUGCGGCCUGGGAAGUCCAAAAAGAGAGAUUCCAGGCAGGGCUGGAGAUGGAGCAGAGCACUGUGGUAGCCCAGACUUGAGGAGAAACCAGAGGCGCAUUGCUGACCUCAACUCGACUAUCCGCAAACUAGAAGACCGCAACUCACUGCUGGUCGAUGAGAGGAAUGAACUGCUGAAGCGAGUUCGAGAGUCAGAGAAGCAGUGUAAGCCACUGCUGGACAAGAACAAGCUGAUGAGUAAGAGGAAUGAUGAUUUGACUCAGACUAUCCAGAAGCUGGAGGAGAAACUCAAGAUCCUGGCCAAGGAGAACCACGAGAUGAAGGAGAAGAUCAGCUCUCAUCCUCCGCUGAAGAAGCUGAAGUCUCUGAACGACCUGGACCAAGCACAUGAUGACCAGGAAAUAGCCUUUCUCAAGCUUCAAGUCCUGGAGCAACAAACCAUGAUUGAUGAGCUGACAAGAGACCGAGAAAAACUAUUACGAAAGAAAAGGCAUAAAAGAAGUUCGAGGCCAAUAAAGAGGCACAUCGUAGUAGACACGUAUUUUGGGUACGAUGAGGAGUCUAUGGACUCUGAGACAUCUUCAGUGGCUUCCUUCCGGAUGGACAGAACUCCUGCUACUCCCGAUGAAGACCUAGAGGAGGGUCUAGCCAACGAGGAGUCGGAGCUGCGUUUCCGUCAGCUGACCAGGGAGUAUCAGGCCUUACAGCGAGCCUAUGCCCUGCUGCAGGAACAGAAAGGAGGCAUUCUGGAUGCUGAGAUGGAAGCCAAGGCCCAGGAGCAGCUCCAAGCAGACGUUCUCAGGUAUAAGGCCAAAAUAGAGGACUUGGAGAAGGAAGUGACCCUGAAGGGACAGGACUCCAAAUGGGUUGAGGAGAAGCAGCUCUUCCUACGAAGGAAUCAGGAGCUAUAUAAUAAGGUGGAAAAGUUGGAUUCAGACUGCAGUCGGCUGCAGCAGGAGCUACAAGACUCCAAAGACCAAAAUGAACUGUUAGAGUUUAGGAUACUGGAGCUAGAGGAGCGUGAGAGGAAGUCCCCUCCAUUCAACCACCUGAGGAUGCAUCCCUUCUCUGAGGGAGUCAGUGCACUGCAGAUCUACUGUAUGAAGGAGGGGGUCAAGGACGUGUGCAUACCAGAUCUCAUCAAACUUUUAGAUAUCCUGGGAGACAACGGGAACUUAAGAAAUGAAGAGCAAGUGGCCAUUAUUCAGGCUAGCACUGUUUUGUCACUUGCAGAAAAGUGGAUUCAACAGAUUGAGGGGACGGAGGCAGCGCUGCACCAGAAGAUGGUGGACCUGGAGAUAGAGAUGGAUAUGUUCUGUAAACAGAAAGGAUAUCUAGAAGAGGAGCUGGACUACAGAAAACAAGCUUUGGACCAGGCUUACUUGCAAAUCCAGGAGUUGGAAGCAACAUUAUACAACGCCCUGCAGCAGGACAAGGUGAUAAAGUAUGGCGAGCCUCUGGAUGAGCAUCAGAAGGACGAGCUGCGGACAGCGGUGGAGAAGCUGAGGAGGCAGAUGCUGAGGAAGAGUCGAGAGUACGACUGCCAGAUCCUCCAGGAGAGGAUGGAGCUGCUGCACCAGGCACACCAGAGAAUUCGUGACCUUGAAGACAAGACAGAAAUCCAGAGGAGGCAGAUUAAAGACCUGGAGGAAAAGGUGGUGUCUCAGCUUGAAGAUAUUGUUUGUGACUACGGUGUUAUUUAUUUUCUGGACAAGUGUGGAACAAUGUGCGCAGCAGUGGCUGCUAGUGUCAUACCAUCAGUAACUGCUGUCAGUAUAGGUGAAUGUGUUGUGUUGGCCAUGGACACUUAAGAUUUUCUUCUUCUUUUUAAAGUGGGGUAGGGUUCUCAGGAUACUGCCCAGGAAGACGUUUUUUUGUGUUUUUUUUUACAGCGGUGUUAAACGUCUCUCCAAACAGCUGGGAUUAAUGUAAAAGGCUGCAAGAAUGACACACAAUUAGAGAGACACUUACAGUAGAAGCAGACACACACACAUACACCUAUAUACACACAGUUUACGGACACGCAUGCAUAUACAGACGCAUGCAGAUGCAAACACGCGCAUACACACACACGUGCUUUGACAAAUCCAAACCAAAGCCUGGGAAAUGUUCUCUCUGCCAUGCAGGGUAAUAAUAUGUCUUUCAUCAAUAUUUAGCCACAGUGGAAAUAUAAACAGAUAGAGACACUCGUAGACAAUGAGGCAAACAAACCGCCGGACCACAACUUCUCUUCUUUUUCUCUUCUUUCCUUUCCUCUCCAAACCAGAAAGGAUGUUCUUCACGAUUGCAACCUCUUGGUGAUAUAGAAGCGAGCUAACUCAGGGCCCAUGAGUGCAGAGGCCAUUAACUGAUCUCAGGUCAGAUUAUAUAUAAGGAACACUAUAGGACAUGGUGCGACACUGGCUGGCAUGUCCUCGGUUAUACCUGGAAAAAAAGACAGAACUGCACUGCAGAGACCGGAGUGUACAGACACUAAAAGUGGGGAUAGGGACAGGACUCUAAGGUUGACACGUCUUCACCGGACACACAUAACAGCAAAGAGAGGUAAAAAGAGAAAGAAAAGUGGAUCACAGCGGAUAUGACACUCUGAUCCAGCUCCACUCAACCUGGAUCUCCACAGAAACUGCUUCUUCAUUUGUUUUCCAAAAACCAGCAGACUGUAAGAGCUUUACUCUCUGGUUGUCUUUCUUUUUUACAGCUCCUACCACUCGGAUACUUUGUCCCAAGAUACCAACUGAGAAAACAUCCUUAUUCUGUACUGUAAUAUAUACAUUUGUUGAUAUGUACAUGUGUCUGAAUUAUUUAAUGUAGUAUCCCCUUUUAUUUCUGUGAAUAGAUGCACUUUUAUUUUACUCUCUGAAGCAGCUUGAACAGUUGAUGUAGUUUAUAAAUGACUCAUAAGGGUAUACGAUGCUCUGUUUUAUUGUGGUGACGGCUGCAAAGAUGAACUUUAUUGCCCUGAAAAUUAUAACUGAAAAAUCGUUGGAAUAUGAAUGUGGUAUAAUGAAAUACUUGCCUCCCUUUUUAUUUUUUCUCCCUCUGUCACACAUACUGUAUUUAUUCAUCUGCUGUCUAAACAUGAGUUACUCUGGUUGACCGGUGGGUGCUGGUUUCACCUGAGCAACGUUCAGUUCGCCCUUUAAAGUAACAUCUUGAUCUUUUAACAAACUUGUAAAUAUUUUCGAACU